GCGAGCGCAGGACUUUGACAGCGGCGGAGCUGCUCGACGGCUGCACGCACACGCGAUGUUAAUAUACGCGAUAUAAAUGCGGUUUGACAGUGACGCUAGCAGCGCACGCACGCACGCCUCGGGACGCGAUGUUUGACGCGCGCUGAUUUCUGCGAAUCAAGGCUGAUGUGUGAUCUGCGCUUCGUUCCUGCCCGCCAGUACGGUAGACAUGGAGCGCCACUACAAUCCUCCGUCACCGCUGGACGACUCCGUGCUGGACAGUCCUCUGUGCCAGGACUUCAUCGGUGGGAUGGAAGAUCUCCAGGACAUCUCUCAAUCCAUCGACGAGGAUGCUCUCAGCACCUUGGAGGUGACGGAGAACCAGUCGUCAGGUCUGGGAUCAGGUUCAGAGAGUUCCACCGCAUUAGAUGCACUGACCCCAGCGUCCAGCCCGUCGUCGGGUGUGUACGGUGGCCCGGCGGGACAGGACGAGUUCACCUCCUGCUCUCUGAACCUGGAGUGUCGCGUGUGUUCUGAUCGAGCGUCUGGAUAUCACUAUGGAGUUCAUGCCUGUGAGGGCUGUAAGGGUUUCUUCCGCCGGACCAUUCGCCUUAAACUGGAGUACGACAAGUGUGAACGCCGCUGUAAGAUCCUGAAGAAGAACCGGAACAAGUGCCAAUACUGUCGCUUUCAGAAGUGCCUGUCGGUGGGCAUGUCUCACAACGCCAUCCGCUUCGGUCGAAUGCCUCAGUCGGAGAAGUUGAGGUUAAAGGCGGAGAUUCUGACCGGAGAGCGCGAGGUGGACGAUCCUCAGGUGGCCGACCAGAAAACUCUGGCCAAGCAGAUCUACGAGGCGUACCUGAAGAACUUCAACAUGAACAAAUCCAAAGCACGCACCAUCUUGACGGGGAAGGCGAGCACGCCGCCGUUUGUCAUUCACGACAUGGAGACGCUUCAGCUGGCCGAACAGACGUUUGUGGCGAAGAUGAUGGGCUCCUCCGGCGGUCUGCUGAAUAAAGACGCUGAGGUGCGAAUAUUCCACUGCUGUCAGUGCACAUCGGUGGAGACGGUCACAGAGCUGACGGAAUUCGCCAAGUCUGUGCCGGGCUUCUCUGACCUGGACCUGAACGACCAGGUGACGCUGUUGAAGUACGGCGUUCACGAGGCACUUUUCGCGAUGUUGGCGUCCUGCAUGAAUAAAGACGGUCUGCUGGUGGCGUACGGCAGCGGCUUCAUCACCAGAGAGUUUCUCAAGAGCUUACGACGGCCGUUCAGCGACAUGAUGGAGCCCAAGUUUCAGUUCGCCAGGAAGUUCAACUCCCUCGAGCUGGACGACAGCGAUCUGGCGUUGUUCGUCGCUGCCAUCAUCUGUUGUGGAGAUCGUCCCGGUCUGGUGAACGUCCCACACAUCGAGCGGAUGCAGGAGAGCAUCGUCAACGUUCUUCAGACGCAUCUGAGGAGCAACCAUCCCGACAACAGCUUUCUCUUCCCCAAACUCCUGCAGAAACUGGUGGAUCUGCGUCAGCUGGUGACCGAGCACGCUCACGUGGUGCAGGAGAUCAAGAAGACGGAGGACACGUCAUUGCAUCCCUUACUGCAGGAGAUCUACAGAGACAUGUACUGACUCUUCUUCUCCUACAUUUCUAAAAGAGAGACACGCUGCCUCCAGACACGCUAACCACGCUUCCCAGGAUGCGGGAUUCUGGGUAAAAAGCAUGUCGGGAAAAAGGCGACGUUUGCGUUCUCCAAACAUUGUUAAGUUAAACCGAUCGGCUCGUGUGUUGGUGAACAUUCAGACAAUGCCAAUAGAAACUUGACCUGUGGUUUAGUAAGGUUUUCUCUGGAGAUGUUUUAUAACGCUCGGGCCAGAAACUGUGAAUAGAAAACACGUCUUCAUGCAGCAAUAUCACUUUUGUAUUAGCACGCAGCACGACCACCCAAGUGACUUCCACAGAAACUAGUGAAACUGCUUUUUACUCUACAGGGAACGAAGGUACGAAAGGAAAACGUGUUUUUGUUUUGUAUCACAAGCACUGGGCAGACAACACAAUUUCGAUGCCUUGAGCGGUUUCUAGUCUUUUGAUUUCAACCUUAGUUCUCAGAUCUGUGUUUGUAACAGAUGCGACGUGACAUGAACAAAAUCGCAGCAAAUCAGUGGAGUGAGAUUCAGACCAAUGAGAUUUCACCUUCACGUGCUAGCAUGCCAUUUAGUCCAUCAGUGCAAGCGCAGUAAAUGCAAAGCCCGGAUCUGUAAGAGCAGGUCAAUACGUCAUUAUCAGACCUAGACAGAAAUCUACACUGAAAUUCUGCUCGAUUUUGAUUGAUUGAAAUCUGAAAUCAAAAUAUUUUGUGAAGAAAUGAGUGAGAACGAGGCGGAGUGAACUUUAAUUCUGUAUAAAUCUGCAGAAUUGUGUACUUUAUUUUUUUAUAUUACUGACACACUCGCUCGACUUACAGAAGUAUAGUGUCUGGGGUGUGAAACGAAAUGAAAAAUAACUCAAUCGCUUUCUCUCUUUUAUAUUCAACAUCUUUAGUUCCUUAUACAGUCCAGACACACGUUGACUUUGUUUUGGAGUUUUGGAUGGUCACACUAAAGGCAUCUUUCGCUUAGUUUUCAUUACAUCACCACGUUUGAUCCGAUCCAGCAUCCAGUGUCAUUGAAAAUGAAUGAACGGGUCACUUGCGAGUGUGAAUGCGGUUUAACACGUUGAAUGGACGUCAGCGAAUCUUUCGUUCCUGCACUAAAGUAUAUUUUGGUUUUUACUGGAAUCGAUGUAGUUUUGUAACCCUGUAAAUAGUGGCCGCUUGCCGCUUUGUAGGCCGGUUUUGAUGAACGCUUUAUACCAGCUCAGAUGUUGUCUAGGUAGUGUGCACUAGACAGGAUUAUGAUGACAUUGUCUUUUUAUACUAAAGCAAAGGUAUCUUUAUUAAUAGACAUAUAUAUAUAUAUAUAUCAGAUAUUGUUAAAGAGUUUAAUGCGGUGCAAUGUGGAAAUGGAGACAGAGCAACCCAGUUGUCAUGGAAAUGCAAUAUUUCCACAUUCCAUUACGAUUCUCCGAACCCAUGCACAAAUCGAUUUAUCUAUAAACAUUGUUUGAGAUGUGAUUUGACCUUUUUCUCCUGUCGUCGGGGAAGGUUUGAGGGAUACGCACUGAUCCUAGAACAAUAUUCCUAAUCUGAGAAUCUCCAAACAUGAACGGCGAGGUUCUUGAAUCGUUGUGAGAUUCAAAACUGAGACGUGGCCAUGUCAUAUUUCAACUUCAAUGUGUUCUGAAGCAAGUGCCAUAAAGCAAGAUGUUUCUGGAAAACAAGAACAUCUGAUCCUGCGGGAUCUUGACCAAUCACACUGAGUUUUGAUCAAAUGAUCUGUGUCUCCUGGUUGCCUUGAUGUACUGUAAUGUUUUUGUGGUCUCAGGUGUGAAGAUACUCAUGGACAUUUUCAUCAUGUAGAUGAUCGACGACUGCCAUGUGAUAUAAAUCAAGCCGAACGUUCUCUCCGCGCACUCCCUGCUGUCUCUCGACACACUGUCAGGACAUUUUACAUGUUAGUUAACGCAGUAAAACACACGUGUUUGCUUAACUUUACUUGCUCGGUUAGUGUCGUUUUUAUUCAGUUGAUAUUCUAAUGUUAACGUUCACCGAUUUUGUUGCGGUUUACUGUGAAUGUGUUUUUACACCUCAAACCCCCUCAGAAUGUACUGAAUUCACCUUUUCUAUGAGAAACUAAAUACUUGCUCACUACAUACUAAAUACUGCACAUGAUAUGUUGUAUACUGCAUUUGUGUGUGCAUCAGAAUGCAGAACGCAAUGUUUAUCGUAUGUGACGUUGUUGCAGGUGUAAUCCGGUGGGUGGGUUCUGUUAUCAACUUCAUUGUGCGUUUUUGGUCCAAUUUUGUGUAGAAAUGCCAACCAGGAACGUGAAUAUUAAUUUGUGGCUGACAGUUUGUUUGGGGUCAAAUUAGGCACAUUGCAUUGUGGGGUAUAUUGUUCUGGUUGUAUAUUUCAUAUUUACUUAUUCUGCUUAAACAGUAGCACAGCAUACUUUUUUAUAUAGCAUAAAGUGUAUAAAGUGUGACAGUGUGCUGUUCUAAACAUUGUCCUUCACCUGUGCCUUACGUGAAGAAUGCAAGUGUAUGAAGGUGAAUGACGUUGCAGCACAGUCAUAUAUAAUUAUAAAUACUAUUUGUUUUAAAGUGAACAAUUGGGUGUUUCUAAAAACGUACUUGCAUCCACAUCAUUUUGUAGUACUAAAUGUUCUCAUUACCCAGUCCUAAAUAAUCUGUCAGAAUAUGAGCAAAUGUAUGCCUGUGCAUGAAGUAUUGUUUUAUUUCUCAUAUUAAGAUCGUUUGAUUGUUUUUUUUUAAAAUAAUGACACUUAGCAGUUUAUAGGUAGAAGGGAUUUGAAUGGUUUUGUAUCAGGGAAUGGUGUGUUGGUCUUCCCAUAGUCCCUAUAGCUCAGGUCACAGUGAAAUACUGCUCUGCCUUCGACAGCAUCCUUUCUAAUAAAUGCUUGAUUUUAAGAAGCACAUCUUUGUAUUAGCUAUUGAUUAUUAAUAUAAUGCUGCACAAAAGGACGUUUGUUUUAUGAUGGUUUCGUAACUAUAGACAAAUGUUUGUCCUGUCCUAGAAUAAAAAAUCAUUGUAAA